UAAAUUGUAGGGCUGAAAAGUCGCUUUCCACAGAUAUUUGAGUCGCCGGUGUAGCCAGUCAAAGUAUGACUGAGAAAGAGACUUUUUGAUUUGUGAUAAAUGAAACAAAAAAGAAAUAGAAAUAAAAAAACCUCUCUGAACGAGAGAAAAGGAUGCUCGAGAGUAUUUUUCAUUCAAGUAAAGAGUAAGAGUUAUUUUCUGUCUGGCCGCCAUGUCGAUUGCCUGCACCCAGGCCAGGCCCGGUGGUCCAGCUGCCUAUUCCAUCAGUGCGCCAAGUGUGGAUCACGCUUCGGUGGGCAACACACAAGAGCAUACUGUGAAAGGACACUAUGGCCAAUCCUCGCAAUCGGACUAUGCCAGUCAAGUGCAGACGGCUCAUUCGCAAUCGCAUGUCCAGCGUUCGAGCAUUAGCAAUGAUGCUGGAUUAGCUCCUGCUGCCCAUUAUGCUGCUGCUCCUGCCGCCACUUAUACCCUGGGACACACUGCCCCGGCCCAGAUUCAGCAUCAGGGCUUGGGUCUGGGUUUGGGACUGGGCCAUGCCGGUCACGGUUAUGCAGUCGCUGCCGCUCCAGCUCCGAUUUUGGCCUACGGCGGCCAUUAUGGAGCCACUGCUCCUGCUACUCUCGGUGGACACGCUCAAUUGGGCUUGGGCCUUGGACUGGGCUAUGCUGGAUAUGCUGGUAGCAUUGGCGGCUAUGGCUACAGUGCUGCCGCUCCAGCCUACUCGCAUGGCUAUUUGGCCGCUGCCCCAGCACCAGUUGUGAAAUAUGCCGCUGCUCCAGCUUAUGCACCUAGCAUCAUUGGACAUGGCAUUGGACUGGCUGGCCAUGCGGCCAUCGCUGCCCCAGCUUAUGCCACGCAUUUGGCUGCUGCCCCCGUUGUGAAGGCCAUCGGAGCUCCCGCUUUGGUGCAUACAUCGGUUUCGGGCCAUGGCAUUCAAUAUGGCUACUAGAGCGGCGGAAGGGCAACAGCUUUAGAAGGUCUCUGCCUUUCACUACGCACCGACCGCCUGCCCGCCUGCCCGCCUGCCCGCCCUCGCCCUGGCCCCCACCAACAGAAACAUGGCUAAUAAUAAUCGUAUCGUAAUAUCCGGAGCGUGUCACUAACUGUAAAUAAUGGCUGACUUAAUUAAAACUCAAUUUGCAGCGUUGCCAAUUUUAAACGGGCAACGCUAUUUUUAUUACUGUUGCCAGCCCCUGGUCACUUCUCCAUCCCGCGCCCCGCCCCCUCAAAUCAUCGCCCAGUCGAAACUCUGCUCUACCCCCCUCUCACUCCUUCAAUUCAAUUCAACAUGUUUUUAUCGCGGUUUAAUUUUACUUUUUUUUUUUUGUACAAUUGUGAAAUACGAAAUAUUGAAAGUAAAAAAAAUAUAUAUAUAAAUGUAUAUACAAAAAAUAUCAUGUAAAUCAUGAGACUAUCAAAAAAAAAAAAAAAAA